ACAGGACAGGGUUUUCUUGUUUUUUUAAGGCUCACAUCACAAAGCCAUUAGUAAGAACUAGCUAAGAGGUCUGAUUUAUUUUUGUAAAUCUUAAACUAAGACUAAAGUAUGAAUCCAAAUAAUUAUGCUGAUCCGCAGGGCCAAGGAAAAUGUAAUCAAACUAACAACGGAAUGCAGGUGGAACCGGAUUUGAACCAAAACACACCAGAUCCUAAUCCUAGAACUCCAACACACUCGGAGGGAUACACCAUGAUACCACCGAAUGAAUCAAAACGGAGCGAAAUGCAAAGGAUGGCACAGACAGAGGAGGAUAACUGGCAGAAAUAUAAGGAGGAACACAAGCCUGGUCCCAUAAAUCUGGCCCCUGAGAGGCUAGGUGGUAAUUUAGAAAUGUCAAAGGCCCGAGAAAGACAGCAGAUGGAGGCAAACCAAUCAAAACUUCAAAAGAAGCUCAAGAAAGAGGAUAUGGAUAAAAAAAAGAGAGAGGCAGAGGAAGAGGAAAAUCAGAUGAUGAAAGCCAUUCAGAGAGAAAAGUCUGAGCGACAGGAAAUGAGGAGAAAAGAAGAGGAGGAGCGGAGGAACAACCCCUCUCUACAAGAACUCCGAAUGAAGAGAGUAGAACAUUUACAAAAGCAGCAGCAGUCCACUUCAGUUCCUAUGCCAGCAAGCAGCUCCACACCAGCGUCAUCAGGGGGUGAGCACUUGGAAGGAAAACGACUAGAGAUGGAGGACAGGAAGAGACCAAUGGAAACUAAACAUCAGCGUGCGAACUCCUUCCUAGACAGGCUGGAGGCGAACGGAUCAGGUAGAACGUCUGACUUGCACCCCUACUCAUUGGAGAGUGGUAAUGUUUGGCAGAGGGAGGAACCACAGGACCCUGCCUCGUCCCAUGUGACCUUCCCAUCACAGCCCCACGCUGACAGCGCAAUGGAGAUGGAGGGAGCUGAUAGUGAAUGGAUUGUCAUGAAGCUUAUGAGUGAUUUUCCAUACUACGAGCGAGAAAUGCUUGAAGACAUUGUCUCUCAGUGUAAUAACAAUUUCCAGAAAGCGUAUGAUCUGCUGCAUUAUUAAAGUACACCUGAACAUUACAAAUAGCAUCUAUAGUAACUGUCAAAAAUGAGACAUCUGUACCUUUGCCCAUAACUGGCAAUUUUCCUGAAAUAAUUAAUUAAAAAAAGUGAUUAUUAUACUGCCCACCACACCUUAAGCAUGGAGCUACAAUACCUUGUGAAAUUAUACUUUUAUUAUAUUUUAACAAUACAUGAAAACUUUACCUGUAAACAAUAAAAAGUCAAAUUCA